GUUCCACAGGAAGAAGGGCGCAAUCGGUCGGAGCCGCUGAGUUAAAUAAGAACCGUCGCGCUAAUGACACCAAAUGAAUAAUAGUGGCAUCUGCUGACCGAUUGGGCUAGCCAGCUACACAUGCGCAUAAACUGAACUAAGUGCUUGAACUAAAACAAAAGACCUUUAUUUUGAAAAGAUGUCCAGCAUAGACCCGGAAGAAGAGAUGUUUUUCACGUUCAUAUUAUGAGAAUAGGAAUCCUGCAAGCUGCUGCAAGCACUGAUGUCUAUAUUGGCCAAGACAAUGUCUAAGUUCCGUCUAGCAGUGGUCCAACUACACGUGACGAAGGUCAAAGCUGACAACCUCUCCAGAGCCCGGGGGCUGAUCAAAGAAGCAGCUGCACAGGGGGCCAAAGUGGUGGUCUUACCUGAGUGCUUCAACUCCCCCUAUGGAACUAGCUUCUUCCCUGAGUAUGCAGAGAAGAUCCCUGGAGAGUCCAGUCAGGUUCUGUCUGAGGCAGCCAAGGAGAGCCAGGUGUAUCUGGUGGGAGAUCCACCUGUUUGACAUCGACGUUCCAGGGAAGAUCCGUUUCCAGGAGUCCGAGACACUGAGCCCAGGGAGCAACCUGUCAGUGUUCGACACACCAUACUGUAGGGUGGGUGUAGGGAUCUGCUAUGACAUGAGGUUUGCAGAGCUGGCUCAACUCUACUCUAAGAAAGGAUGCCAGCUGUUGGUCUACCCUGGAGCCUUCAACAUGACCACCGGGCCGGCCCACUGGGAACUGCUGCAGAGAGGAAG